ACAAGAAGAAGAAGAAGAAGAAUAAGAAGAAGAAGAAGAAGCGGCAGGAUCAGAGUGAAGGGAGAGCGGAAGCAGCAGCCGCGGCCAUGGGAGUCAAACUGUACUACACCACGGUGACCGCGUCACGGACGGUCAAGUCUCAGCAGGCUGAGGUGAUUCGGAUCCUGGACAGUAAAAGCAUCCAGUACGAGCUCAUCGACAUCUCUGUGGGCGGAGAGCUUCGGGACGAAAUGAGGAGCAAAGCAGGAGACCCUACUGCUGUCCCUCCCCAGCUUUUCAAUGAAGACCAGUACUGUGGGGUGAGAGGACACAUCUCAUCCGACUCACGAAGUGGUGAAAACAUCUCUGCACAUUUCCUCUCAGAUAACUAA